AUGGGACUGAUCACAUCUGUCAUUUGUGUGUUUCUAUUCAUUUACUUCAUUUACAAUGUCGCCAAGCAUUUAUUGCUACGAAGAAGGCUGAAGAAGAUUAAUUCUCCACGAUCUUAUCCUUUAAUUGGACAUGCAUCGAUAAUGAAACCCGAUGCAGAGGGUUUCAUCAAUCAGGUUAUGGGUAUGGGUUAUUUGUAUCCGGAUGCACCACGUAUGGUGUUGUUCUGGAUGGGGACGAUGCCCGUCUUAAUGCUCUAUUCGGCUCCACUCGUCGAAAAGAUACUCACAUCCAAUAAGCACCUCGGCAAAGGAUUCGCUUACAAUUUGCUUGAACCAUGGCUUGGGCAAGGAAUCAUUACUAGCAGUGUUGACAAUUGGCGCCCUAAACGAAAGCUUCUAACUCCAACGUUCCACUAUGAUAUGCUUAAGGAUUUUGUUCCGAUCUUCAAUGAGCAAUCACGAAUUCUUGUGAGGAAGCUUGCGAACCUUCCCAAGAAGUAUUUAUUUGGGCAUUUUAAAUAUUUUAAGGUGAGUUUCUCAUCAAAAAUUAAUCUCUCUAGGGAACCAGUGGAACUGUUAUCUUUAAUUACAUUAUGUGGAUUAGACAUUAUAUGUGAAACUUCCAUGGGAAGAACUAUAAACGCUCAGUUGGAUAAGGAGAGUGAUUAUGUGUGGGCUGUGCAUACUAUCAAUGAUCUGGUGAUAUCGGAGCGGCGAGAAGAAUUAGAAGAGGGUGGUUGGCGCUUCAAUGGACGUCUUGCCUUUCUAGACCUAAUGCUCGAUUUAGCACGUCAAGGCCUGUUGGAUCCUACGGAUAUUCACUCACAGUUGAGACCAGUUGACACUCUUAUGUUCGCUGGACAUGACACUACGUCUACUGGAGCAAGCUGGGCACUUUAUCUUCUCGGUUGUUAUCCUGAAAUUCAGAGAAAAGCACAGGCGGAAAUUGAUGAAGUGUUGGGCGAAAACGAUUACGUUACAGUGGAGCACCUUCCAUAUCUUAAAUAUUUGGAGUGUUGUUUAAAGGAGUCUCUGCGUAUAUAUCCUUCAGUUCCAAUGAUAAUGCGUGAAUUGAAUGAAGAUCAAGAGAUAGAAGGCGUUAUCGUACCGAAGGGUACUCAGCUGGUCAUCAAUCAAUUCUUGGUUCAUCGUGAUCCUACAUACUGGCAAGAUCCAGAAGAUUUUAAUCCUGACAGAUUCCUUCCUGAGAACGCCGUCGGACGUCAUGCGUUUGCCUUCAUUCCUUUUUCGGCCGGUAGCCGUAAUUGUAUGGGCCAAAGAUUUGCCAUGAUGGAAGAAAAAGUUAUCGUUUCGUGGGUUUUGCGCCACUUCAAUAUGAGGAGUAAAGUCGGAAUAAUCCUUCGCCCUACUGACGGUAUCCACGUUGUUCUGGAGAGAAGACGUCCACUACUUUACCCUGAUUUUUGA